AUGGUCAUAAAGCCAUUUUUAUCAGCUGAAAGAAAAGCUUUGCAGAAGAUCGUAGGCCCGAUAAAGAAGAUAGGAGCUGGAGACCUGAUAGACGAAGCUAACAUAAUUGGUAAAGCCAAGGCCGCCGGCCGUCCCCUCGGCAGAUAUCGCUGGAAAGACGCCUUGGAGAAGGACCUAUGCGAGCUCCAAGUGCCCGAUUGGCAAGCAGUAGAGCGCGAUCUACAAAGAUGGCGUUCCCUAGUUUCGGAGGCCAAGGCUCGCAUUUGGUUGCCUUGCCAGCAGAGUAAGUAA